UAUAUACGAUUUUCCUGUUCUCAGAUAAUAAGACAUGGAGACAGGGCACCGGUGGAUACCUAUCCAAAUGAUCCUCAUAUCAACGGUAGUAUGGAGCCUAAUGGUUGGGGUCAGUUAACAAAUGAAGGAAGGAGGAACCAGUACGAUCAAGGAUUGUUCCUGCGAAAGCGUUACGAUAGCUUUCUAGGUCCGACGUAUCAUCCCGACAUAUUCUAUCUGCAGACUACCAGUGUGGAUCGUACGAAAAUGUCGGGUCUAUUGGAGGCCGCUGCUUUGUGGAAACCUAACAAGAAGCAGACAUUCAAAUCUGAUCUACCUUGGCAGCCAGUUACACUAUUUUACCAGGAACGUCAAGACGACACGCUUAUGUUAGUGUGGGACACGUGUCCGAGGUACACACAACUACGUUCUUCAGCGAAUGACUUGCCGGAGGUCUGCAAGAUGCACGAGGACAAUAAGCAAUUGUUCGCAGAGCUCUCGAACUUCACAGGCAUGCCGAUCACGACUGUUGAUGAUGUCAGCUCACUUUACGCCACAUUAUCAGCUGAGGAACACAUGAAUUUGACAUUGCCAGAGUGGACGAAGAACUAUUAUCCCGAUAAACUAAUACCUUUGACCUUGUUUGAGUUGAAGCUUAACACGUACAGUGACGAAUUCCGCAGAUUGAAGGGUGGUCCUAUGCUGAAGAAAAUCACCGAUGAAAUGCUGAUGAAAAAGAAAUUAGGAACUCUACAGCCUGAAAAAAGGAAAAUGUUUAUGUAUAUUGGUCACGAUAGCACUAUUGUCACUCUGCUGGACACGAUGCACAUUUGGUACAAUCAAAUGCCCUACUAUAACAUCAUGACAAUGAUAGAACUGCAUGAGGAUGAAGGCAAAUGGAAUGUUCAGGCAAGUAUUAAUUUUCUACAAGCAUUUGAUUUCGGUCAGGAAUUUUAA